AUGACUGCAAUGAAAUGUAAUUUUCAACCUUAUGGUAAAGAUUUUGGUAGAGGAAAUGAACCAACUGGGAGGUUCAGCAAUGGUUUAAUCCCUUCAGAUUUCAUUGCUGAAAAGUUACAUCUCAAGAAGCUUUUGCCUCCCUAUCUUGAUCCAAAUUUGAAACGUGAAGAUCUUCUCACUGGUGUCAGCUUUGCAUCUGGUUCCAGUGGAUAUGAUCCUCUAACUUCUAAACUAGCAGUAACUGAUUACUCUCACCUAAAACCUUACAGUAUCUUUUCAUUCUCCCCUUCAUAUCUUUUAACACUCACUAUAAUUUUCUUUCUGUCAUAUGUUCCUCAGUUAGUGAUAUCAUUAUCAGAUCAACUAGACAAAUUCAUGGAAUACAAAACCAAGAUACAUGACUUGGUUGGAGAAAAAAAAGCAACAACAAUUAUAUCGAAAAGCAUAUACAUCUUGAGUUCAGGAAGCAAUGAUAUUGCCAAUAAUUUCUUUUCGUUACCAUUUAGGAAACUACAGUAUAAUAUUGCAACUUACACAGAUUUCUUGGUUUCAGAAGCUACCAAAUUCUUACAAGAUCUUUAUGGACUUGGAGCUAGAAAGAUUGGAGUACUUGGUUUGCCAAAUUUAGGGUGUCUGCCUUCUCAAAGAACACUCAGAGGAGGAUUUCUCAGGACAUGUUCAGAUCCUGAAAACCAGGCUGCAAUGCUCUUUAACAAGAAGCUAACAUCCCAAAUAGAUAUCCUUGGGAAAAUAUUUCCUGAUGCUAAAUUUGUCUACAUUGAUAUUUACAGUAAAUUAUUGGAUAUGGUUCAAGAUCCCACUAAAUAUGGUUUUGAAGUAGCAGAUAAAGGAUGUUGUGGCACGGGAGAUCUUGAAGUAGGCGUUCUAUGUAACCCUCUUACCUUGGGGACAUGUUCAAACAGGUCAAAUUACAUAUUUUGGGACAGUUUCCAUCCUACGGAAAGGGCAUAUAAUAUUAUUUCUUCUGAGGCGUUUGAUAAAAACUUCAAUAAAUUCUUCUAA